UCACCAUUGUCACCUGUGCAGUCUACCUGUGUGCAACCUAGUGUGUUUCACUACCCUGUCUUUUUUUUAAGCAGCACUAAGUAACUCUUUAACCUUCAUAAGAUAUUUUCAUAACUUUUGGGAUGACACAUGGAGUUACAAUGAGUUUGAAUGACACCUGUGUCAUGGCCUGAGGGGGCCUGUACUGCUUUCACUGGCACUUAGCAACUUUGAGGAGGGCGACAGGAACCCAGCAACACAAAAAACUACACACUUGCUUUAAGGCAUACGUCACUCCCUCUUUCCCAUUCGUUAAUAAGAUAUGCCGCCAGAAAACAAAAAGCUGAAGAAGAAGAAGAAUGCCUUCGUGCAAUUGCUGCUAUCAUGGCCUAAGCUACAACACAACCAAAGAAACAACAAGUUUUGGCUGAGGAAACAAAAACAAGAACAACAGAGUUUACCCGAAAUAAAGGGACUGUCAAGGAUCGACAUUGCCCCGGCUUUCCCUCGCUGGUGUGUGCUCAAAGACGAGGGAUUUCAGACCGAUGCUGCCUUGGCUCUGUUCCUGCUGAACUACGAGCGAGCGGUGGAAUCCAUGGGACUCUUCAGGCAUGUGGUGCUCGUCAUUCCGACUGCGAAGAAAACAUAACUCCGCCAAGACUGACCCUCCCUCCCCAGGACCGACUGACUGACCAAUCACAGGCCGCCGCUCGCCCCUGCCCCCUUCCUCAGCUCUCUCUCUUUCUUCCAUCCCGACUGGCUCGUUCCUCCGCGUUCCACCACAGCAUCCUCAUCCUCAUCCUCAUCCUCCUCCUCACACCUUCUGGUCCUAGGAGAACUUGUAGCUGGGGAGCGACGUUGAGAGGAUAGAAGUGUGACAGGCGACACUCCACAGGGAGCCCACAGCAUCAACUUGACUGAUAAAGUUCUACACGGCAGCGUUGGGUUUCCUGGUGCGACCUUUGACCUUUGACCCCUGGCACACACACAGGUUGGAUCACGUCGUGAAGAAGCAGCACCAUCGAGUCCACAAGAACCAGCUUCUGCCAGACCGGCCUUUUCUGUACAUGGAGACCCCCAGCUGGGCAGGCAACACGUUGUGCAAGUCAGGAAGCGUCGCUGUCUUCGAGAACGUGGUGUACAGCGGACUGCUCAACGACCACCUCUGGCAUCUGGGAGUGCCGCUCUUCACGAGACUGGGUAACCAAGAGGCCGCCAACCCCCCAGAAGCGAUGGCCCAGCCCUACACCCCGGCCCAGUACCCCCCGCCCCCACAGAACGCCAUCCCCGCCGAGUUUGCCGCGCCGCACCCGCUCCCGACAGCGGACUACAGCGGGCAGAGCCGCGUCCCCGAGCACGCCAUGACGCUGUACACGCCCACCCCCACGCACAGCGAGCCGGCGGGCGGCGACAGCAACACGCCCAGCAUCAGCGCCCCCACGACCGCACCGGUCAGUGUCGCUCAGCACCUGCAAACACUCUUCUCCUCCACAGGACGCCAGCAAACGGACGACGUGACGCAAACAGACGUCUCCCAGCACUCGGACUCCUCGGAGAAGCAGCAGCCGAAAAGGUUACACGUGUCCAACAUUCCCUUCCGCUUCCGGGACCCCGACCUGAGGCAAAUGUUUGGGCAAUUUGGCAAGAUUUUAGAUGUGGAGAUUAUCUUUAACGAGCGAGGAUCCAAGGGCUUUGGCUUUGUAACUUUUGAAACGAGCACAGAUGCCGACCGUGCACGAGAGAAACUAAACGGUACAAUCGUAGAGGGACGCAAAAUCGAGGUGAACAACGCCACAGCGCGAGUGAUGACCAACAAAAAAGUGGCCAACCCUUACACGAACGGCUGGAAGCUGAACCCGGUGGUCGGCGCCGUCUACGGUCCCGAGCUGUACGCCGUAACGGGCUUUCCGUACCCCGCCACGGGCGCUGCCGUGGCCUACAGGGGCGCCCACUUGCGAGGUCGGGGUCGGGCCGUGUACAACACGUUCCGCACGGCCCCGCCGCCGCCGCCCAUCCCCGCCUACGGAGCGGUGGUGUACCAAGAUGGCUUCUAUGGCGCAGAGAUCUACGGUGGAUAUGCAGCAUACAGGUUCGCCCAACCCACCACCACCGCCGCCGCUUACAGUGACAGCUACGGCAGAGUCUAUGCAACAGCCGACCCCUACCACCACACCAUCGGCCCCGCCGCCGCGUACAGCGUGGGAACCAUGGCUAGCCUUUACAGAGGAGGGUACAGUCGCUUCACUCCCUACUAAAAGAACGAAAGCAAAGACCGAGACGUUACAGCCACAAAUAAACAAAAACUCUACUUAAAAAGACUAAAACCAGUGUUUCCACGGUGGGGGGAUAAAAAUGAAUAAAAGCUUCCAGUCCCGCCCACAAGCUGAUUUUUCUACAACCACCUUUUUAUUGGCGUCACCGAGUCCCUGCACAUGACCGACGUACACGGCGCCGCCAAUAGCGCCCCCCCCCCGGCCACCUGCUGCAUGCGUGAUGCACGCUGAAGUGCGCACGGAGCUAGACCCCGCCGCCCGACUCACGUGGCGAGGCACCAAGGCACGAGGAGGAAGUCGCCCACUUCCGUCUUUGAUUGCGUCACUCGCGCUUCGGUGCGUCUGAGCUGAUGUGCGGCGGCGGUCCACGUCUCCGUGUUUUUAUUUUCAAUGUGAUGGAGUCUUGUUGCUUUGUAUUAUGGGAUGGGAGUGCAGCAUGCGGCACAAAGGCUCACAAACGUCAUAUUCCUGCUUAGUUGCUUGCUACUAACGCUAUUGUACCAGGGUCCAUACGCAACGAUUCUGCACUUGCAUGUUGGGGGAGAAGGAGAAAGAAAGCAUUCUAUUGUAUGAGCAAAGGUUACUGGCAAGAAUAAAACAUGAAAUGUAGCAAUUCCCACACACUCAUGUACAGCAUUUGCACGUUAUAAUGGGACUGCUUUGCUUGUCUUCUUACCACACCUCGCGCAUGAUCACGCAUUUGUUCAUCAAAAAGUGAUAUAGCGUGUUCCAUGAAGACCAACACCGACAACUUCAUGUCGUAAGGUUUAAGAAUCUGAGAUAAUUUCUUUGGACACAAAUCAAAAUGUUGCUUCACUCGUCCAAACGUGAAGUCAUUUAGCGCCGCAAACCAGCACCAUUGUAGUCUUUCAUUUGUGUUUAUUAUUUAUUCCUAAGUAGGGAUGGGUACCGUUCUCAUUUGAUCCGAUACGGUACCAAUUUUCAGUACCUGUGACUCAAUAACCUGUCCUCAAUGGUACCACUUUUCGGUACUUUCGUGUGUUAAUUGUUAAAAAAUAAAAUGUUAUUUUUGAAUGUGACAUUGAAAAAUUAGCUAUUAGAUCUUGUAUUAUUAUAACAUUUGAGUCUCAUUUGCAAUGCAGUUGCACUUCCAAGACAUUAGAUGGCAGUACAGAAAAAUGUACUUCCUAUGGCAGUACAGAAAAAUGUACUUCCUAGUUAGACAACAUAACAGCCGAUGUUAUGUUGUCUAACUAGGAAGUAAAUUUUUCCAGGAAGCUGAAUGCGAUAUGUUGCGCCCUACAAUGUGUUAAUACUGUAAGGAUUGUACUUAUUACACACCAGCUGUUUGAUUGUAACGUGCAUCUGAGUUGUAGUUUUCAUUACUAAAUUUGAAUGUGUUCAAAAUUGCUAACAGUAGUCUGUCUAAGGUAAAUCCAACGAAAGUUAGCAUAAGCUAGCGCAUUUUGAAAAAGUGGAGUGUCACUUGAGGGUUGAGCGUUUUCUACCAAGCACAUUUGCUUUGUUGGUGUUGAAAAUUGUGACAUGACUGAGAGGAAGUUUAACUUGUUUGAUUGUUUACGUGAAACGUUGUUUCGUCUGCAACCGGAUGUUACGUCACGUGCAACAAAGGCAUCAAAAAAUGGCGCCGUUUGAUCUUACAUGAAUCGAUACCCGGUAGUGCCAUCGGAAUUCGUUUAACGCCUAUAAAAGUACCGAAUUAUGUACCCAGCCCUACUCCUGAUAUGGUGAACACCAAGUUAAAAAAUGAUUAGUAUCCCCCUUGCCCACAGAAGGAGAUGAGUUGCAUGUGGACUCUGUCGCUGCACGUCGUCACGGCGACGGCGGUCACGCCCUGCGAGAGCUGCAGCAUUCAGUCAUUGCACAUGUCGUCUUACCUCAGGAUAAGCCAACAGUCAGCAUGGCGUCGCGUCCACACAACCAGCAGCUUUCUUCUUUUCUACAAAGACACACAGAAAGCAAAGUGUACCCUUUACUAACUUACAGUAGCUACCAUACAUAUAUAUGUAUAUACAGUAUACACACACAGUACUGUCUUCACACAGCAUGAAGCCCAAGUACAAACAUUCAAAGUUUGCCAGUUUACUUUGUGCACUUGAGGUAACAUUAAUUCUAUAAAUAAAAUAUAAAUACAAAAAUUAAGGAUAGGGCCGCUAAAACAUUAAUUUUCAUAUUUUUUUUAGGGGUGUCCCGAUACAACUUUUCACUUCCAAUACGGAUAUCGGAGCCUCAAGUAUUGGCUGAAACAGAUAUUGAUCCAAUACGAUACCAGCAGGAAUCAUACAUGCUUGGAUUAUUUUGUAGAGUGGAAUGCUAGAAAAGUUUUGAUCAAGUGGAAUGAGUCAAACAGAACAAUGGUAGGUAUGAAAAACACUAACACAUUUAUUAUUAGGCGUCUGCAACAGACUUAUGUUGUUUUUAAGUUGAAGUGGGGAGGUAAUUAUAUUUUUGGAGACACCUAGUAUUUAUGAAGUUAAGCUCAUGACGAAGUCAUUUUAAAGAUGCAGACACGUUUGUUACUGGAUACUUUCUAAUACGCUUCUGCCUCAGAGACUUUGUAUGUGUAAGUAAUACGCAACUAUAAUUAUUUGAUACGUGUUUAUAUUGACAAAUGAGCUGUUUAAUUGUUCAAUGAUUAUUACUAAUGUCUACCUUGUGUGCUAUCGUGUGCUUAGCUGUUGUGUAGCUGCUCGCUCCAAGUAGCCUAUAUCCUAGCAUGUUUACUUUUCGUAAAUGACUUCAGUGAAAUAGAAUAAGUAGUGUGCUUAUUAGAGGACAUUUAGAAGUUAGCUGUCUGUCCAGCUUUGCACAAAUAAACACUCUGCAAGGCUGCUUGUAUCGCACAUGAUAUCACACACAAAUAAACACGCCACAGGACCGCUUGUAUCGCACACGAUAUCACACAUUUUACAUGCAAGCAUCAUCCCAUACUUGCUUUUUUGCUGAUAUCACAAUCAGAUCGGGACACCCCUAGUUCUUAGUAAUAACAUUUCAACUUGUUGUCAUUAUUCUAAACAUGUUUCUCCUUUUUUGUACUUUAAAUGACUCUUUAUUUAGUUAAUCUGUUUAAAUUGUGUGAAAUAAAUCAAAACGCCGUGGGCUGCACUUUGUACUCGGGGAUGUAUUUUAAUGUUGUCUCCAGUCUCAACAGUAAAUCCUGUCCACUAACAAACAAAGACGCUCUUAUUUUGACAACCUGAAGUGAUUUCAGGUUCCUGCAACUCCACUUUAUUGAAUGGAAAUAUUUUAUAGCUACUACUUCUUCCACAGAGUCAGUAAAGUAUUAUUUAUGCAUUAUUGGAUUUGUAAAUCAGAUUAUAAUCAAAACAAAGAAUCACUUUACCUCACAUCAAACGUGGGUGAUUUAAAUAACUGGCAACUUGUCACAAGAUAAAUAAGCAAGGUGAGAAUCAAAAACAGCGUAGCAAACAUCCCAAUGUCAACCUGAAGCUAGAAUUUUGUUUGAAUGCUUAAUAUUUGUGCUGCACUUAUUUUGUGGUUUUGCCAAAAUGUGAAGUAUUUAUAAGAAUAUAUCAUGCAGUGUAUUUAUGUUAACUACACAAAUGUAUGUGAGCAAUUGAAUGAAAUGAGGAUUGUUGCAAAACAAACAUGCUUCUUCCAUCCUGAUGCCAGUAAAAAAAAAUGUACGACAAAGUUCACUUUGACACUUAAAAAAAAUGCACCAGAGCACAUGUGAGUGUUUAUUUAUGUUUUUCUGCUCUCAACAUGUGUGCCUAUUUACUAUGGAUAUGCAUUGGUGUGUGUGUGCGUGCGCGCAAACUUUCUUAUACUUCACUUUGUGUCCCUGCAAUUACAUCACCAUAAAAAUAUGUUAUUUACCGUAGGGCUGCAACAAUUCAUUAAAUAGCUUCAUUUGAUAAGAAAAAACGCUUUAAUUUACAUUAUGUAGCUUUGAUUAAUCUUUUAAUCAGAGUCACUAAUAAAAAUAUAUCAAAUUUGGACCGCAUGGACUUUCUGGAACCUUAAUUACGCCGAUAUAGUUUCCACAGGGACGUUGCAAUAGAGCGUACAUGAGAGCGUUGCUGUGAUCUGUGUGGCAGCAAACCAUAGAAAAUUAUUUUUCAUUUUAUUUUUAUUGUUGCGCACGUGUUAAAAGUGCAAUUUUAAUAUUG